AUGGCAAACAACCUUGCCAAUGACAAUAACUCCGGAUCGCCUCAAACAGCUCGAAAAGAAGCUGAACGGCAGCGAGAAGCCGAGCAAGAUCUCCGGAGAGAAACAAGACGACGUCGAGAGUUGGAAGACAAGCUCUUAAAACUUGAAGCCGACCUUAAAACUAAGACCACUCGAUCCAACCGCGAGGAUAGCCUUCACAAGCUCCAAGACCCAUUCACAAAGGAAAUCAUGAAGGCUAAAGUCCCGAAAGACUUCAAAGCUCCUGACAUGACCCCAUACGACGGUACGUCCGACCCGAGUCAUGACCUUAGCAACUUCAGAAGCCGGAUGUACCUAACAGAUGCCUUGGACGUGACCCAUUGCAAAGUUUUCCCGACCACUCUGACCAAGACGGCGAUAAAGUGGUUCGACAGCCUGCCUCCAAGAUUGAUUACAAGCUUCGACGACCUUGCCAAAAAGUUCCUCGCUAGGUUCUCCAUUCAGAGGGAUAAAGCCAAACACGCUCCAAGCCUGCUAGGAAUUAAACAAGAAGAUCGGGAAAGUCUCCGCAACUACAUGAAAAGAUUCAAUAAAGCAUACCUUGACAUACAAAAUCUCCCUACAGAAGCGGCCAUCAUGGGAGUCAUCAACGACCUACAAGAGGGACUCUUUAGCCACUCGAUAUCCAAGAAACACCCAACAUCUCUAAACGAGGUACAAGAAUGGGCAGAAUAG